AUGCGAUCGUUCGUCGUCCUCGCCACCAUCGUCUCCACCUCGUCCGCCUUCCUCUUCGGAGGACUCCUCGGCGGAGGAGGCGGAGGAGGCGGAGCUUGCUGUGCCCCGGCUCCGGCUCCGGCCCCCGCUGCCGGAGGAUACGCUGUCGCGCCUCAAGCCCCGGCUCCAGCGUACCCAGUCGCUCCAGCGCCAGCAAUUCCAUCCGGAGGAUACGCCCAAGCCGGACCAGCCGCCUUCGGAGGAGCCCCACUUUCAGGAUUCGGAGGACUCGGCGGAGGAUACCAGGCCGCUCCGGCUCCGGCUCUCCAGCUUCCAACCAUCGGAGCCCCAUUGCCAGCACUCGGAGCCCCAGCGCCAGCACUCGGAGGAGGAUUCGCUGCUCAGCCAGCCGUCGGAUACCAGGCUCCAGUCGCUCAAGCCGUCGUCGCCCCAGCUCCGGCUCUCGGAGGAGGAUACCAGGCUCCAGUUGCUCAAGCCGUCGUCGCCCCAGCUCCGGCUCUCGGAGGAGGAUACCAGGCUCCAGUUGCUCAAGCCGUCGUCGCCCCAGCUCCGGCUCUCGGAGGAGGAUACCAGGCUCCAGCGCCAGUUGCCCCGGCCCCAGUUGCUCAAGGAGGAUACCAAUCGGGACCAGCGCCAGUUGCUCAAGUCUACGAGGCCCCGGUCGCCGUUUCUCAGCCAGCUCAAGUGAUCGCUCCGGCGGCCGCGGCCGUCCAAUCCGCUGGAUACCAGGCCGCCGCUCCACAAGUCGGAGGAGCCUACACUCAGGGAACUCACUAG